UUUUCAUUAACUACAUAAAAGUUUCUAGGUUCUAUGUUUUUUCUCUUUACAAUGUUCUCUUGGCCUUGUGAAUUAUUUCAUCCAGACGGAAUUGCGUACCACUCUAUUGGGACUUUAGCGGAUGCUGUUGUAGCAGAAUCGAAUCAGUCUAUGCAAUUUUUGGUCUCCAUUAAUUGCAAAGUGGCAUCAGCUCUCAAAUUCAGACGACAACGUCUUUCCUUUGUUCCGGUGGUUUAUGACAUAACCACAGAACAGGCAUUGAUUUUAAAUAUCAUCCAGACCCAACAAUUGGCAAAGGUUGAUUCUGUUUCUGCUGGUGCUCUGUAUGAUAAGGGCUCUCUUAAGCUGUUCUCUGGAUUGGCUGAGGUAAUGUGAUAAGAGAGGUUGGUACUUCCCUAGUUCUGAACAAGGUUGGUGCUUCCCUAACUCUGAACAUUAUUUGGUCAUGGAAAAAUAUAUGAGAUCAGGCGUAUUAGUAGUCGAAAUUUGUGUGUUGAGUUGAUGAAACUAAAGCAUGAUAUGUGAACUAGUGAGACCAUACAACAUGUUUAGACAACUGUAAACAAAGUAACGUCUAAGAUUAACAAGGAA